UUUGGAUGCCAGGUCUACUUGGGCUCGUAGCUCACUGACUCGAGGCCUGUUUCAUGUUGCAGGCUUUUGAGCUGGCAACCGGAGAACAUCUCUUUGAACCUCAGGCUGGACGGUAUUUCUCUAGAGAUGACGAUCACGUGGCUCGGAUCAUUGAACUUCUAGGCAAAAUUCCACCCCAGAUUGCUUUGUUCUGGAAGCAGGCAUCGGGCUUCUUCAGCAGAAAAGGUGCCCUUCUGCGGCUAUCUAGGAUCUCCUCCUACGACUUGUAUCAUCUCCUCACUGAUAAAUACCAGUGGCCGAAGAACCAGGCAGCCCCAUUUACCAACUUUCUCCUGCCAAUGCUGGAGUAUGCACCAGCAAGAAGGGCACCAGCUGAGAGAUGCCUUCAGCACCCCUGGCUCAGUACUUAGUCACCAACGUAUCCUGAUCCUACUGCUCUUUGCCACGACCAGCUGGGACUGUGAUGGGGACAGGUGAUGGAAUCUCAGUCCUCAGGGGGUGAUGUAACAUCGGGAUGCUCAUCUGCUGCCCACAAGA